GAUUGUGUUAGACAUGAUGAUAUUAUUCUAAAUUACAAUAUUAUAAUAUCAGAAUUGCACCUUUAAAUUUUGUAAUGUCAUCUAAGAAACAAGAUCAGAGAGCGUACAUUAAUGAUGAGAGGGAUUAUUCAAUUUAACUACAGUGCUUACCUUGUAUAUAUAAAACAAUUGCUUAAACAAACUAAAAUAUGAUAAUCAAUUGACAAAAUAUUUGUAUACUGUAAUAUAUGUUAAUUAAAUGCCUCUUGAGUUCAAAUCCGUAACCUAUGAUUCAUACUUAUUAUAUACUGGUUUAUAUUAUAAAAAUGCUGGUAUUUAUUUUUGUAAUCAGAGUGUGUCAUCAUAAACCUUUCAUUUGAAUAAUAUUUAUUUAUACUAGAGAAAGAUAACACUGUUUUGUAAUCUAACAAUAAAAUGCAGAUAUUUCUUCCUUUGUUCAAAUGUGUGGCUAACAAGUGCUACUAAUAUUCUCCUGAAGUGGCACACCAGUUUAGGUCUUCUUGCAAGAGGUUCAUUGAAUCCUUUACAAAAUACUCACGUUUUGCAGACAAGCUGUGCUUCACAUCCAAGAAUGUUCAAGGUCACGCUAGAAGAUGAGUUCAAGAAGAAUCCAGAACUCAAGGCAGAAGACAUACAAGAUGUCCAGAUAUGGAUCAAAAGUCAACCCCACCUACCUCCUGUACCGGAUCUAACGAUCGUGCUGUUUCUGCAAGCCUGUCGGUGGGACCUGGACACCACAAAGAACACCAUAGACCUCUACUACACCUGUCGGACUAAGUACACCGACUUCUUCUCCGACCGGGACCCCCUGUCUGAGGAGAUCCAGGACAUUGCUAAAGCUGUUCAAGUAGCAUUCCUACCCCUAAGUGAUCCGGAAGGGAACCGGAUCUUGUGGACCCGCAUAGUUGAUCCAGACCCUACAAACUACAAUUUCAUUGCAUUAAUCAAGUAUAUGACGAUGACAAUGGAGGUCUUCCAGUUAGAAAAUGGCACUGUUCCUGGCUUGGUCGUGGUUUGUGAUACCGACAAUUUCACAACUUCUCAUUUCCCGAGAAUUCCCUUCAAACACGCCAAGAACAACAUGCACUACUCCCAGAACGCAUCUUCAAUUCUUUUAAAGAUGAUUCACUACAUCAACGCGAAUUCGUUCAUCCACAAAGUUUUCAAGAUCUUUAAACCUUUGUUUCGGUCAGCGGUUUUCGACAUGACACAGUUGCAUUCAAAUUUGGAGCCACUCUUCCAAGUAAUACCAAAGGAAAUAGUGCCUCAGGAAUACGGAGGGAAAGCCAUGUCACUGGCGGAGAUGAAUGAGUUGAACUUAAAGAAACUAGAAGAAUAUCGGCAGUACUUCAAGGACCAACAAGUAAUUGUUGUGGAUGAAAAGAAACGAAUCAGGAAAAAUGCCAAGUCAUAAAGUCAAUCAUUAGGAUAAGAAAAUAUGACAGCUUCUUAGU